AUGGUUAUGUGCUGGGCUCACGUACGCAGAUGUUUAGAUAACAAGUUAUGUUUAAUCAAUGAUAAAAAUGAGCGUCAUGAAGUGAUAAGUGACAUUGAAAAGCUUCAAAUAUGUAACUCAACUGAUUCUUUUCAAUUAGCAUCGGAAUUGUUUUUAAAAAAAUACGAAAAACAUGAAGAUUUUAUCCGUUAUUUAAAAUCAGAGUGGUUAACGGCUCAUUCGAGAUGCGUUAAUGUUAUCAAACGUGAAAACACAUUCAGAGAACGUCUUGUACUUUCCAGAUUUUUGGUUGGUGCAAUUGAAAUGGUUAGUAAAUGGUCUAGAGAUCGUGAUGAAAAACAACCAAAUGCAAUUUUAUUCGUAAAUGAACCAACUAUAACAUUGAAUAAAUGGACGAAAUCUUAUCACUUCGCCAAAAGUCCAAAAACAAUUCUAGAGUAUGCAUCAAAAACUACCGAUGAAACUGAUUAUUACCUACCAGCAGGUGCAACUGAAAAACUAACAAAAAGACAAGUAAACAAAUACAAAAAACAAAAAUGGAACAAC